AUGAUUAUUCAAGGAACAUCAGGAACAGGCAAAGCAUUCUUGAUAGAUUGCAUCAGACAAAAUUUAAAUAUCUCUGGAAGCAAUAAGACAAACACAUUAUUAGUUCUUGCACCUACAGGUGUUGCUGCUUAUAAUAUUCAAGGAACAACUAUUCAUGCAGGCCUUCGCAUUCCUAUAAAAGAAAUGCAUCCUUUGAUAGGGCAAGCAUUGUUCACAUUCCAAGAGCAUUUUAGGCAUGUUAAAUGUCUUCUAAUAGAUGAAAUGAGCUUCUUGGGUCCUAAAUUGCUAUUGAAGAUUGAUAAUCGCCUCCACCAAGCAUUCCUUGAUAAACAACAUGAAGCCUUUGGUGGACUCUCCAUGAUCCUUGUAGGUGACCUUGGACAACUCCCUCCUAUAAUGGACAAACUAGCUUAUGCUUCACACUCUACAGCUCUCAACUUGUGGCAAUCAUUUACAAUAGUUGUAACAUUGCAUACUAUUUUCCGCCAACAAGGUACCUCUAUUAAGAAACAAGAAUUCAGAAGCAUGCUCCAAAACAUAAGAGAUGCCCAACCUAACAAGCAUGACUGGCAGAUCUUAAUGAACCAAACAAAUACAAAUCUCUCUCUUUUGCAGCAAAAGGAAUUCAACUCAUCAAUCCAUUUGUUUGCAACAAAUAACUCGACAAUGCUGCACAACAAAAGAAUGUUGAAGGAAUUAAAUUUGCCCAUUGCUCUCAGCAUUGCACAUAUUGCACAACAAACUAAUAUUGAAUAUGAUAACAAUGAUCAGUUAACAUUGGAGCUGCUAUUAUGUGAAAAUCAGCAAGUAAUGUUGCUAGCUAACUUAUGGAUUGAAGUUGGCCUUGUGAAUGGUUCCAUUGGCCUUGUUAAAAACAUUAUCUAUGAACCCAAUACCAAACCACCAGACUUGCCAAAAUUUGUUAUUGUCCGCUUUCAGAUUUAUAAAGGCCCUCCAUGGGAUAUAGUGCAUCCAAAUGACAUACCCAUUACUCCCAUUACCUGA